AUGAAUGCACCAGCUGCGGUGGUCGCUGAAGAUACCAAUUGUAUGACUGAAUGGUUACUGAUCGCCAACUCCAGUCGUCCAAGAGCCUUAUCCAUUCUCAGCACAUCAGCUGCCAUUCAAGCAAUGUUAGAUGAGGCAGUUGUCAAGCAGCUGUGGCCAUUCACGUUAAGUAUUGUCUUGGGUUUCGCACCGCGGCUUGCAGCUGACCUUAAACACUGCAUCAGUCGAACGCCAUCAUGCCCCACAACAGACUUAACAAGUCAUCUACCUUGCUCCGUUGCUGGAGAAUGUGUGUUCAACACAACACAACAGUCCUCGGUAUGUGUUUGUCAACCAGGUAUGACGGGAAGGAAGUGUGACGUAGAUAUUGAUGAAUGUAAUAUACCCGGCUUGAACAAUUGUGACAAACCAGGAGUAGGAAAAUGCCAUAACAGUUACGGAUCCUUUGCUUGCGAAUGUAACACAGGAUUUGGUGGACAUAGCGAAGUGUGUGAAGAUAUAAACGAAUGUGCCAAUGGCACGUACACCUGUCAUGGACUGGAUAAUCCUGGAAACAGAAAAUGUGUGAAUACUGAGGGGUCGUAUUACUGCCGAUGUCUGGAUGGAUUUACAGGUUCUACAUGCAUAGACAUUGAUGAAUGUCAAUAUGGCAAACACAACUGCAACGAAAUGGUCAAUAGUGACAACAGACAAUGCCAGAAUUUGAACGGCUCAUACCAUUGUCCCUGUCUUCCUGGAUAUGCUGGGUCGCAAUGUGACGGUGGAUUCGUCUCCAUUGUGACCUUCGCCAUCUCUAUCAGUCUUGUGGUAGUCGUCUCUGUACUCACGAUCUCAAUUCUGAUAGCUCAGCUGAAGAGAAAAUAUACGAAAGCAGCCCACAUGAGCGUUCAAACUGCUGCUUUACAGAACACGGUGGGAGCACCUGGCAGUAACGCCCUAUCCCUGACAUGCAAUGAAGCCUAUGAAACAACGUCGUCGGCAGCUCGACAAGAUCCUUCUUUGUAUGAUACUAUACAGUAAUCUCGAUGCAUCAUUGCUGAUAAGCAAGAGCUCUACAUGAAUCUACACGUGCACUGAUAGCAUAGUGACGUUUGGUGUACAUUGUAAAUGUGCUUGGGUUUUUGUAACUAUGCUUGUAAAAUAUGAAUAUUUUUCAUACUUCAAGGUCCUGUUUGAAUACUAUUCAUACUUUGCCACAAUCAUUGUCACGCUUCUAGUCGUUUCCUUCUUGCGCAUCUUUCUCGCACGGUACUGUUGUGGCGUUAAUAUCAGGUAUUCCAUUCCAUUCUCUAUGCUAUUCAAGAAUUGUUGCAUUGAGUUCUUUUAGGGGAAUUCGGAUUUCACAAAAUCUGGCAUGUUUUUUCCCAUAAUUUUGUAGAUCUCAACAUUUUGCAAAAUGGAUACAACACAACAUGCAUGUAUGUCACUCUGAUCGCAAUGCCAGUACAUUUAGCUAGGCGAACUUGUCUUGCUCUAAAAGACAUGGUAUGUUUUGUGUGUAACCAGGUUCGAAAGAUGAAAUCAAUACGUUUUUAACAGCCUGCACGACGCCCUCGUUUUUAAUUGUUGUUAUUCGGUCUGCUCUCCCUUUUAUUUUGCAGUGGGCAUACAAGAUAAUGUUAAUAAUUAUACAUGCACAUGAUGUAUUUGAAAUAUUCGCAGUCUGUGCAUUUUGAUAAAGGUAGUUCACGCCUCCUUUCGAGCUGUUUUAGCAGGUAUUAUUCACAAGAGGGUUUUCAGCAUAGUGAUUCUCCGCGAUAUCUUGUGGAUAUCGGAGUACUAUUGCU